AUGGACAUCAAGUUUUGCAAGACCAACCUCCUCAUUGAGCACAAGGAGUUGGAUGGGAGAUUCCAAUUCAAGUUCACCCAUCCAUUGGCUGGACCUCCAAGCUUCUUCUGCCCAACCCUGAGCUCACCACGGUCUAGGAGGUACGAGAACAUUGACUUCAGACCCCCUGUGUACACAUUAGUUGGGCAUGAAGCGGAUUUGCGAGAAGAGGAGCCUGAGCUCGAUCGAGCUGAGGAUCGAGCUGAGAUCAAGCUGAAGAUGAGUGCAGGAGAGUGCGGAUUUGGGUGA